GAAGGGCGACAGAGCCAGGGUCACGUAGCCGGCGCUUCCCCCGCCCCGCUCGCGUAAGUUCUCGCGCGAGUUCUACUUCCGCCCUUUUGGCUCCCUGAGCAGCACCAUGGCGGUCGGCAAGAACAAGCGGCUGACGAAAGGCGGCAAGAAGGGAGCCAAGAAGAAAGUGGUUGAUCCAUUUUCGAAGAAAGAUUGGUAUGAUGUGAAAGCCCCGGCCAUGUUCAAUAUUAGAAACAUUGGAAAGACAUUAGUCACGAGGACUCAAGGAACCAAAAUUGCAUCCGAUGGCCUCAAGGGUCGCGUGUUUGAAGUGAGCCUUGCUGAUCUCCAAAACGAUGAAGUUGCAUUUAGAAAAUUCAAGCUAAUCACUGAGGAUGUUCAGGGCAAAAACUGUCUGACUAACUUCCACGGCAUGGAUCUUACCCGGGACAAAAUGUGUUCCAUGGUCAAAAAGUGGCAGACCAUGAUUGAAGCUCACGUUGACGUCAAGACAACCGAUGGUUAUUUGCUCCGACUCUUCUGUGUUGGUUUCACUAAAAAACGCAACAACCAGAUCCGCAAGACCUCAUAUGCACAGCACCAGCAGGUCCGCCAGAUCCGGAAGAAGAUGAUGGAGAUCAUGACCCGAGAGGUGCAGACAAAUGACUUGAAGGAAGUGGUUAAUAAACUGAUUCCAGACAGCAUUGGGAAAGACAUAGAAAAGGCUUGCCAGUCCAUUUAUCCUCUUCAUGAUGUCUUCGUUAGAAAAGUAAAGAUGCUGAAGAAACCCAAGUUUGAAUUGGGAAAACUCAUGGAGCUCCAUGGUGAAGGUGGUAGUUCUGGAAAGACUACUGGUGACGAGACAGGUGCUAAGGUUGAACGAGCUGAUGGAUAUGAACCACCAGUCCAGGAAUCUGUGUGAAAUACAGAUUUUUAAUAGUGACAAAUAAACUCUUAUUUGUGAUGA